CAAUCAGAAUUCAUUCACAUACACCUUUAACUCUUCCUACUUUCUCAUUUUCGAUUCCCAAAUUCGAAACCCUAACUUUCUUCAAUUUUCCGAUUCAAUGGCGCCAAAGGGAGAGAAGAAGCCAGCAGAGAAGAAACCCGCAGAGGAGAAGAAGUCCACCGUCGCCGAGAAGGCUCCUGCUGAGAAGAAGCCAAAGGCAGGAAAGAAGCUACCAAAGGAAGGUGGUUCCGCUGCGGGAGAGAAGAAGAAGAAGAGAAGCAAGAAGAAUGUUGAAACAUACAAGAUCUAUAUCUUCAAGGUUCUGAAACAAGUUCACCCAGACAUUGGUAUCUCAAGCAAAGCCAUGGGUAUCAUGAACAGUUUCAUCAAUGAUAUCUUCGAGAAACUUGCUCAAGAAUCAUCCAGACUUGCUCGUUACAACAAGAAGCCAACAAUCACUUCAAGGGAAAUUCAGACUGCUGUCAGACUUGUUCUUCCUGGUGAAUUGGCCAAGCAUGCUGUUUCUGAGGGUACCAAAGCUGUGACCAAGUUCACUAGUUCUUAGAUUUGAGAUAGUAUCGAUUUUAUUUCUUGUUUACUGGAUCUGGUUUUAGUUAUCAUUAGACGUUUCGAUUAGUAGCUUUAUUUUCUUAUUUUGAGGAUGUAAUUGAAGUAAUGUGAUCUGGUUGAUUGUACUAUAAUGAUGGAAUUGAUGAUAUGACUUCUAAAAUGUUUUUAAAUAUUUGUUAUCAA